AUGCACUCUGAAGUCAAGCCGGAUCAGCAGGCUCUACGAUUUACGGUGAACAAGACACAGUUCUACCUCUCACAGUAUGCCGACGCCGCCGCCAAAAGCUCAAUGUGUUACACUCUCGGUGCCGUCCUGGUCAAAGGCGGUAAAGUCAUCUCAAGCGGCGUGACGGGCAUGUCUCUUUCGUUCCGCACGCAGGGUGCGCGGGUCGUGUCGGAUCCACAACGAGAAACAGGAGACACACUUAAAGGGUCGUUCGCCUCCGCUCUCGCCGGCGAGGGGCAACGGGUUUUAUGGAGUGGAUUCUUCGGGUCGGAGGACACACCGGAUAUGGAAGCGAAGGCGGCGACGCGAGGGUGGGGGAUCGAGAUGAUUCACGUUCGCCUCUUGGCAAUCAAAGUGCUAUCGGAACAGGAGAGGUUGACAGAGGCUGGAACUCCCGUCGUCGUGAUCCACGUGUAA